UUCUCUCUCUCACACAUAGUGUGUGCAUGUAGGAAAAUGGCAGAAGCCAGUAUUUCAGUGGAUCAGUUCAGCUGUCCAGUGUGUCUGGAUCUUCUGAAGAAUCCUGUAACUACUCCCUGUGGACACAGUUUCUGUAAAGUGUGUAUUAAUCACUUCUGGGAUGAGGAAGAUCAGAGGAGGGUCUACAGCUGCCCCCAGUGCAGAGAGACUUUCACCCCAAGGCCUGUUCUGUGCAGGAACAACAUGCUGGCUGAAGUGGUGGAGAAACUGAAGAAGACUGAACUCCAAGCUGCUUCACCUGCUCACUGUUACGCUGGACCUGGAGAUGUGGAGUGUGAUUCCUGCACUGGGAGAAAACGCAAAGCCACUAAUUCCUGUCUGGUGUGUCUGGCCUCCUAUUGUGAAGAUCAUCUUAAACCUCACCAUCAGUCUCCUGCCUUUAAGAAGCACAAGUUAGUUGAAGCCUGUGCAGAGCUCCAAGAGGAGAUCUGCUCUGAACACAACCAACUGAUCGAGAUCUUCUGUCAUACUGACCAAACCUUCAUCUGUUAUUUGUGUACAAUGGAUGAACAUAAGGGUCAUGAUACUGUUGCAGCUAAAGCAGAAAGAAGUAAAAAACAGAAUGAGCUAAAGGAGGAGCAGAUGAAAUCCCAGCAGAGGAUCCAGGAAAAGCAGAAGAAGGUGCAGGAGCUGAAAGAGACUGUUGACACUAUUAAGAAGCGUUCACAGGCAGCAGUAGAUGACAGUGAGAGGAUCUUUACUCAGAUGAUCAGCUCCAUGGAGAAAAAGCGCUCGGAGGUGACAGAGCUGAUCAGAGCUCAGGAGAAAGCUGAACUGAGUCGAGCUGAACGACUCCUGAAGCAACUGGAGCAGGAGAUUGCUGAUCUUCAGAGGAGAGUCACUGAGCUGGAGCAGCUUUCACACACACACGAUCACGUCCACUUCCUCCAGAGUUUCCCGUCUCUCUGUGUUUCUCCUGGAUGUGACGACUCACCCAGCUUCACUGUCAAUCAACAUCUCUCAUUUGAUGGAGUGAGGAAAUCUCUCUCAGAUCUGAAAAAACGAGUCGAGGAAAUCUGUGAGGAGGAAUUCAACAAAAUCUGUCCACGAGGUGUCAUGGCUGCUAGAGACACAGUUGAAAUGGUCCUACAGAUGCUGGAUGAUGAAGAGGCAGUAACGGGGUUGGACUCUGAUUCUGAAAUUUCUGAUGAUGAGGACCCAGACUAUUGUCCAGGUGGCAGUGGCAGUCGUCCAACUGGAAAUCCAACUGAACAGGAUCAAUCUGACUCAGAAGAUUCCUCUUCUGUGUCCUCUGAAGAAAAAAGUGUCCAAAUCAUGUCCAACAGAAUGAGUCAGAAGGGCUCUUACUGGAGCGAGUUACCUCCCACCCAGGGCAGAACACAGAGCCACAAUAUCCUCAGAAGUCGGUCAGGGCCUGCACCAGGGCUUAGCACCACUGUCUCACCAAAAGAUGCAUGGGAGCUCUUUAUCACUGAUGAUAUAAUACAAGAGGUGAUGAAGUGCACAAACUUGGAAGGACGGAGACAAGCAACAGCUAGAGGAAAAAAAUGGACAAAUGUCACCAAAGAUGAAUUCAUGGCCUUCAUUGGAUUGACCCUGCUUGCAGGAAGUGAGAAGAACUGGGAUGUAUCAGUCCGUGAGCUGUUUGGGAGUCCUCUACAUAAUCCCAUGUACAAGGCCACUAUGGCUGUUGGAAGAUUUGAAGACAUUCGCCGUACCUUGCGCUUCGAUGAUAAGAGGACCAGAGCCACCCGACUGGAAACAGACCAUAUGGCAGCCUUCCGCUAUGUAUGGGACCUGUUCCUGGUCAACUGCAGACAGCGAUUCAUCCCCAGUGAUUGUGUCACUGUGGACGAACAGCUUGUGCCAUUCAGGGGAAGGUGCAAGUUUCAACAGUACAUGCCAAGCAAGCCUGCCAAGUACGGCCUAAAGAUCUUCUGGGUUUGUGAUGCACGCAUCCCCUAUGCAAUAGAUGGCAUAGUUUACAUGGGGAGACAACCAGGGGAAGAAGUUCAGAAGAAUCUGGGGGAAAACAUUGUCCAGCAGUUGUGUAGUAGAUUUAGAAACACAGGUCGCAACAUCACCAUGGAUAACUUUUUCACCAGUGUGCCUCUUGCGCAGCAUCUCCUGGAGAAGGAUCUCACUAUUGUGGGGACUCUACGUCAGAACAAGCCAGACAUCCCUCCUCUGAUGAAGCCUUCCGAGUCCAGGGAGGUUCACAGCACAGAGUUUGGAUUCAAUGACGGCCUUACCAUGGUCAGCUAUGUCACAAAAAAAGGAAAAGCUGUUGUGCUCCUGAGCACGAUGCACCACGACAAAGUAGUGGAUGAAAAUAGCAGAAAGAAAAAACCAGAAGUGAUCCUGUUUUACAACAAGACGAAAGGAGGUGUAGACACCGUUGACCAGAUGGUUGGCACGUACACCUGCAAGCGCCAAACACAGAGGUGGCCCAUGGUGCUGUGGUACAACAUAAUUGACAUCGCCACCCUGAAUGCCUACACCUUUUUCACGGUUCAGCACCCAGAAUUCAAGAGCGGCAUCACCAAUGCACGACGGCUCUUCCUCAAAGAGCUGUCAAAGGAGCUUGUCACACCACACAUGAGGAGUCGACUGGAAGGCUGCCCCCAACUGCAAGCCCCAAUUAUUGAAGCAAUGGGAAGGUGUGGGGUGACAAAAGCCACAACCCAGCCACAGGAAAGAAGCAGACAGGGCCAACUAAAGAGAAAGAGGUGUCAGAUCUGCCCAAGAAACAGAGAUUGGAAAGUCAAGAAUAGGUGUGGGAAAUGCAAUGUACCUGUGUGCAAUGAUCACAGCCAGAAACAGGUAGUUUGUCUGAACUGCAUACAGUGAUGAGACAAGAAGGCAAAACAGGGAAAAGAGAAAAGAGAGAGGAACUGUCAAUGACUGGACAGUUACACACAUACAUACACACAAACAGGGUGCGAUUUGUCAAAAAAACAGAAGGGGGGAUGUUUUUUUUUUUUAAUCAUGAAACGUCACAAAAUUAAGGUAACAAUAGGCUAACAGCUCAAUAACAUCCGAUGAUAUCAAAUGAAUAACACUAAAUGAAAACGAACACUAAACCAGAGAUAGUAAAUUCAUCUUCCUAACUCUCUGACUAAAUACACGAACACUAACACACAACAAAGUUCGCAUUGCUUGUCGCGUUGCUGUGAUGUUUCUCUCCCUCCGGAUUAAAUGGACAGUGACUCGGAAAUCACUAAAAUACAUGAAUACUAAAUGAACAGUUUGCUCUGAUGGCGCAGUUCAUGUGGCCUUUUCUGCUUUCCCGUCGGUGCGCUAUCCGCCGCGUUUCGCCCUUCUUUAAUCCACAUUUCUGCGAAUUUCUCAGCAGGGAAGGAACGCACGUCUGGCCCAUUGACAGCGAGGAAAAGAAGGCUGUUCAGUGUGGAUACAUUCAUUCUGUUGCGCUCAUCAGUAAGGAUGUGAUUCAUGGCGCUAAAUCCACGUUCACACUCCGGAUAUUGUUAUUAUCUACAAUGUAUCUAUUUGCUGGGGACGUUCGUGAACAUCAAAGCUGCCACUUUGGGUCAUUUUGGAAGUGAGUGCAAUGUAGACCAUAGAAAACUGUGUCACAACAUGCCUGUCAUGUCAACUUUUUUUUUGGUUUGUUUGUUUUAUAGAGUGCUCCGAGAUGAUGCUAAAAAUAGUAACACUGCGGUCUGCGCGGUCAUCUUGGAAGUCAUUCGCUCCAGAGCGCUCAUAGAGUACACAUCAUAGAGUACACAUUCACCGAUUCGUUUCCGCGUUAGAGGGCUUAGAAGCUUGGAUUUUUUAAGAAUUUAGACAUCUGAAGUGGUGGAGCACCACUGUGAAAGUUUGGAUAAGCAGGCACGGGAGCGUUAUGCUGAGAAGGUACGUUUCAUUGGGAAUGUAGAUCCAUACACUUUUAGUGAGAAGGAAUGGAAAGCUGACCCCAGCUUGUUGCCGCAUGUGACAUACACCGAUCUUGUGAACUAUCUAGUGUUUCACCCAAGUCCAUUUUGUGAACUAAAGCAUGUGUACAUAAACAUUACUAGGCCUAGAUCUUAAAUGCCAUUUGAUGCAACAAUGCACUGCAGUAGACAUAAGCUACCUAAUGUGACAAAUAUAUCCAUUAAUCAUUGCUGAAAGUACAUAGAAAAGAUAAUAGUUUGUAUCACAUUUAUUUUAGUAACUAUGAAAUUCAAGACAAUUUAACCUACCUGUCACAAAGUGAUCAGAACAAAUCCGGAUACAGUCAAGUUGUCCUAAAUUUGAUCGGUUGACGGCAUCCAGCCACUGUCGUCUCCUCCGCUCGCUUUUCUCCUGUGCUGCAAUUCCCUGGUUAGUCACGACUUUAGGGAGUCUGUGGAAGCUUUUGCCACCCUUUUCCCCCCGGCUACUACAGCCAACAAUGACACACGUAUUCGGCAUUGUCACCCCUUUUUGCUUCGCUGAACAACAACAAUGCACUGACACAGUGACCUUUGACUUCCAAUAUGGCCGCCGCUGGGUUCGCGCUGACCUCGAAGCACUCUAUUGAUGGGGUUGUCCCCGAGGAUUUUUUUUCAGGAGAGAUAAAAACCAGAGGGGGGGGAUGAUCCCCACCAUCCCCGCCAGCAAAUCGCACCCAGCACACAGACAGACAGACACACACACACACAGACACACACACACAGACACACACACACACACACACACACACACAAAAUGAUGUUUACAUUUUUCUAUUGCUGUUCUGGGUAAUUUUCUUUUUCAAAAAUGUUAAGUGAAAAAUAAAGAUAUUUCAAACAUGAAA